AUGGCUUCGGAACGGGGCCCCACCGCGACGGAAGCUGUUCGAGGGCCCUCGACGUCGACCGUGCCGCAGACAAACACUCCGUUUGGGGGCGUAGCCGAGCUCGCGCGUUCCAAAUCGUUGAAGCGACCUCGAGAUACCACCCCGACAUCACAGGACUCGUUGGUAUCCGCUGGCGACAUCUCACCAUCCAAAAUCGCCCGGCUCGUCGGGUUCGCAAGACAGUCACAUCCCACGGCCACGGGCGGGAUAGAAGACGACGACGGAGCGCACGACGGGGGCCACAGCGAACACCAGUCGCUGUCUCGGCUCGACCAACACGACGGGUUACCCAGGUCCGACGAUAUGAUGCACCACACCGCGGAUGAUGCGGACCGGCCGCCACACGACGCGCCACCAUCGGACAACGGGCAUUCUGACAUUGAGGCCGCUGCGGCUGCAGCUGCCGCAAGAGCGCUCAGCUCAGUCACCAUCCCAACGGGCCACGUCCCCGAGGAUGAUCUCCAUGAGGUUAGCCCAACUAGCGGAGCGAGCCUUGACGACGGCGAUGGCGAUGGCCAUGUUGUUGACAGCCCGUCCGCGAUGGACGUUGACUCGCGCCACGACGACGGUUUGUAUGCGCCGCAACCUGACGCGCCAAUGGAAGACAAAGCGGGCGGAAGCUCCCUUUCGUACCCUGGGGCGAUGCCGGCACCCGGUCACCCUCAAAGAAUGAUGAGCAUGCCCACAGGUGGCCCACAGACACCAGGCGGUAGUGACCUCGCCCCUCGAUCGCCCGGCUCGAACAAGAAGCACAAGUGCCCGUAUUGCGAGACCGAGUUUACACGGCAUCAUAACCUAAAGAGCCACUUACUCACGCACAGCCAGGAGAAGCCCUACGUGUGCCAGUCGUGCCAGAUGCGGUUCCGACGGCUGCACGACCUCAAGCGUCACAGCAAACUGCACACGGGUGAGAAGCCCCAUGUGUGCCCCAGUUGUGAUAGAAAGUUUGCGCGUGGCGACGCGCUGGCCCGGCACAGCAAAGGGGCAGGCGGCUGCGCGGGGCGGAGGCAGACGUUGGUGGGCCCGAUGGGGCUGAAAGAUGGCUACGAUGGGAUGGCGGACAGCUCUGGCAUGUCGGUAGACCUCUACGACGGCGGCGCCGAUAUGUCGGAAGACGACCGGCGACGCUUGAGCAUGCCGAGUAUUAAACCACACCACGUCGGGAGCCAGGACGGCUACGGCGGUGCUCACUCCAGCACGUACCCUCCUGCAGCCGGGCAGCGCCAGAAUGCGCCAGGCGGUUUGUAUCCGCCCAACGUUGACCGUGGCGCACCCAGCACCAACACGUCCCCAAGUAUGCCGAGCAGUCACACGCCACAGACCAGCAUAUCGUCAGUACCACUGAGCGCGGGUAGUUCCACCAUGUACUCUCAGAGCGGCAUGACAGAGAGUCCCAAGCCUCUGAGCCCCGGCUUGGUGCACGGGGCCGGCCAAUCAAGAACGGGCACCGAAGCGCAACCUCACGGCGCUCCGGGCCUGUCUCUUCCUUCGCAUGGUAUGUCACCUGCGGCCAAGAAAGCAUGGCUCUCUCAGUACCCCCCCACUGACCGAGACGCGAUCCAAGGCACCACCCCCUCUACCAAUAACAACAACAACGCCGCGACCGCCGGCCAUCACUCAGCUGGGCGGGGGCGUUCACAGCAGCCGCCAGCCCCGCAACACGCCGUGCCUCCACCAGCCAGCACGAGUGGUGGCGGCGAGCCCAACAACUUCGGGCAAUCCGAUUCCACGAUUUGGUCGUAUUUCCAACACCUAGAAGGGACAGUCAAACGGCUGAGUGGGCAGGUUGAGACGGAAGUUCGGGGCAAGGCACAGUUGCUGGAGAAGCUCAACGCUCAUGAGCAACACAUUGCAGCGCUGACGGCCGAGGUGGCUGCUCUCCGGCAACAUCUCACUCCACCGCCGUUGUCAUCGGAUCAACAGCAGCAGCAACAGCAACAUCAUCAGCAACAGCAGCAACACCACCACCAUCCGGGUGCACAUGAAGGGGAUGAUGGUUCUGCCGGUGACUCGUCCGAUGCUGCUACUGCUGCUGCCGUUGCCUCUGCCGCUGCUGCCGCUACCGCCGCCGCUACUGAAGCCGCUGUUUCUCCGCAAUAG